AUGAGAAGGGAAGGCUAUCGCUCGCGCGUGUGGUGGACGCUGAGAGCCAGAUGGCGCGGCACGGACCUCUCUCGAGACGUCGCGGUUCAAGCCUGUUGCGGCAUGUCGGACUCCAUUUCUGGCUCAAUGCGCUGGAGCCGAAGACGGCUAUUGACCGAGGUGCAAACUAUUUCACAAGCAUUGAAGGACAUCCUAGCUCAACAGAACAGGGAGUGCAGCCGUGAUGGGCACGUGCCACGAAUCGGCAUACUCCUUGGUCAGACGCUUGAAUGUGUGGCAGGCAUCUUGGGCUCCAUGGCUGCAGGGGCGGCAUUUGUCCCAUUGAGCUCAUCAUGGCCACUUUCGAGGUUGCAGUACAUUGCCAAAGAUGCUGACUUGGAUGCUGUGCUGUGCACUGGAGCCACAACAAAGCAAUCCCUUGUUGAGUCAUUAAACUGCAGCAUCGUGGAGUACCCACACAGUGCCUCAGCUCAACAACACCUUGACAUUGACGAAUCAGCACAUGCUCAAGGUGCAGAUCGAGACUACUGUUUCCUACCGUUCUCGUACAUCCUUUACACAUCUGGCUCCACAGGGCAACCCAAAGGCGUUGUUGGCACAGAGGUUGGCGUUUUGAACCGGUGUGAGUGGUUUGAGAGCUUGUUUUCGCUUGGAGACAAUGAUGCCGUGGCAUGGAGGACACCCACAUCGUUUGUUGACAGCCUCUGGGAGAUCUUUGGGCCUCUAUUUGUGGGCGCAAAGGUCGUGAAUAUCCCCAGCAACAUGACACCGAACAAGUUCGUUCAGUGCCUGGCUGAGUGCCGCAUCACACACUUGGUGGGCACUCCCUCCCUCCUAAUCAGCUGGAUGGAGGCAUUUGCAGAGCUGAAAAAUCGGGGCAUCGUUCUUUGGCUGCGAUAUUUAAUUUCCAGUGGUGAAACUCUGCGUGUGGACCUCUUGUGCUCUCUGAGAAAGGUCCUGCCAGAUGACUGCAAGAUCUUCAACAUCUAUGGUAAUUUGUGUCAUAUCGCACUUUGCUUUUAUCCAUUGCUAUUGCACUGUCUUGAACGUGUGGCAUACUGUGUCUUUGCUGAUUGCAGAAGAGGGCACCUCAGCCAGUUUUGCUUUGACACGUUCAAAAAUUGCUGCAGGUUCGUUCCAGACCCAGUAGUUUGGGUCUUGAAAGUCUAUUUCUCCUUUUCCACAUUUCCACCCUGCAAAUUCUGGUUUCUGAAGCUCAGCAACUGCAACAUGUGGUGCACUGUGGCGGACUGCAGGCACAACAGAGACUGCAGCUGA